GGGGAGGAUCCAGGAGCAGCUCUGGCCUCUGCUGUAUCCGGGUCUGCGGGGGCUAGACCAGACGCCAGAGGUAACGGGCUCCUGUCAGGAGGAGGAGGAGCAGGAGGAGGAGGGCUCAUGGAGGAAAUGAGCGCCUUACUAGCCAGGAGAAGAAAAAUUGCAGAAAAGGGCUCUUCACCGGAACCUGACCAGAGAUCAGAGGAGGCUGACAUUAGCUCCACCCCUAAAGUGCCAUCAUGUAGCACACCAGACAUGCCCAGGAAGCCAUGGGAGAGAACCAACACCAUGAACGGCAGCAAGUCUCCCGUCAUCGGAAG